AUGGAUCGAGUAACUCAUAUCAUUGAUCCAGAUGGCGAAGUGGUGAUAAUACUGCGCAAUGCAAAUACUCCUUUCGCGGAACUCGACGAAGAUAUGGUUGCCAGCAUUGCCUCUCAACCGGCAGAAGUGUCCACUCCAGAGCCUGCCGAAGAGAAUGGCCUCGCACCUGCAGAGCAACCUCCUGAACAGCAGGCUGAACAGCAGCCCGAAGAGGAACCUGAAGAACAACUUCAACAACCUGAACAGCCUGCUGAAGAUCCAAUUGAAAUCGGAGGUGAAACGGAGGACGAGACUUGCUUCCGCAUCCGAGUCUCUGCGAAGCACUUGAUGCUUGCCUCUCCAUAUUUCAAGAAAUUACUCACCGGCCGCUGGAGAGAAAGUGUGGCCUAUCAGCACAAGGGCUCAAUCGAGCUCCCUGAAGAGGGCUGGGAUAUCAACGCCUUCUUGAUCCUACUCCGCGCGAUUCACAGCCAACACUAUCGUAUACCGCGGACGUUGACUGUUGAGAUGCUUGCGAAGGGCACGGUCCUAGCCGACUACUAUAAAUGUGAGGAAGCCAUCUCUGUUUGGACGACUAUCUGGAUCAACGCUCUGGAGGAAGAGAUCCCCUCGACAUAUUCUCGAGAUCUAUUCCUGUGGUUAUGGAUCUCCUGGUAUUUCAAACUCCCAAAGCAGUUCAAACAGGCAACAUCGACUGCCAUGUCACGAAGUGAUAAUUGGAUUAAGAACGGUCCGGGGCUUCCAAUACCGGCGAAAGUCAUAAGUAAGGCUAGACGAACUCUCAGCGUGCUCAGUCACUAA